AUGUCUCUGGGAAAAUCAACAUCCAGAGACUAUAAACUAGUAGUCGUAGGUGGUGGUGGUGUAGGUAAGUCUGCCCUGACCAUCCAAUUGAUACAAUCACAAUUCGUCGACGAAUACGACCCUACCAUCGAAGACUCUUAUAGAAAACAGAUUGUACUAGACGACUCCGUAGCAAUCCUCGACAUCUUGGAUACCGCUGGUCAAGAAGAAUACUCUGCAAUGAGAGAACAAUACAUGAGAACUGGAGAAGGUUUCUUACUAGUCUACUCAGUCACUUCAAGAAACUCAUACGAAGAGUUGAUGAGCUAUUACCAACAGAUACAAAGAGUGAAAGAUACAGAAUACAUCCCGGUAGUGGUAGUAGGUAACAAAUCCGAUUUGGAAACCGAAAGACAAGUCUCUUACGAAGAAGGUAUGAGCUUGGCAAAACAAAUGAACGCUCCCUUCUUGGAAACUUCAGCAAAACAAGAUAUCAACGUCCAAGACGCAUUCUACAACUUGGCUAGAUUAGUAAGAGACGAAGGUGGUCGAUAUAACGCUCAAUUGAUGUCAACCAUCAACGGCGAACCUAUCUCAUCAAACCAAAUCAAUAACAAUGACAUGUUGAACAAUAACUUAAACGUUAUCUCCUCGGAAAACAUCAACGAAAUGGGAAACGCUAACUUAGAUACUGACUUGGCCCAAAAGAAUAUCCAAACCUCUUCACAUAUACAAAAUGCUCGUAUUGGUGGCGAUGAUUCAAAUAUGAAAAAUGCAGCUGCUUCAAAUAAUAAAAUUAAGACAAAUGUCUCUGGUCAAUCCGCUGCAACAAAGGCUAAACAGGCAAGAGCAGAUCAAUCUACCGCUGCUCAAGGUAAACAAGGCUCUUCAGCUGCAAAGGAUACUUCCAGUGGCGGUGGUUGUUGUCUCAUUUGUUAA